AUGGAGGGGAGAGGGAGAAGAGAAAACACGAAGGGGAGAGAGAGAAGAGAGAACACGAAGGGGAGAGGGAGAAGAGAGAACACGAAGGGGAGAGGGAGAACAGAGGGAACGAAAAGGAAAGGAGAGAGAACACGAAGGGGAGAGGGGGUAGAGAGGACACGAAGGGGAGAGGGAGAAGAGAGGACACGAAGGGGAGAGAGAACACGAAGGGGAGAGGGAGUAGAGAGGACACGAAGGGGAGUAGAGAGGACACGAAGGGGAGUAGAGAGGACACGAAAAGGAGAAGAGAGAACACGAAGGGGAGAGGGAGAAGAGAAAACACGAAGGGGAGAGGGGGAAGAGAGAACACGAAGGGGAGAGGGAGAAGAGGGAACACGAAGGGGAGAGGGAGAAAAGAGGACACGAAGGGGAGAGGGAGAAGAGAGGACACGAAGGGGAGAGGGAGAAAAGAGGACACGAAGGGGAGAAGAGAGGACACGAAGGGGAGAGGGAGAAGAGAGAACACGAAAGAGAAGAGUAGAGCGAACACGAAGGGGAGAGGCAGAAGAGAGGACACGUAGGGGUAAGAGAAAAGAGGGGAUACAAAGGGAAAGAGUAGAGAGGACACGAAUGAGAGAGGGAGAAGAGAGAACACGAAGGGGAGGGGGAAGGACACGAAGGGGUGAGAGAGAGGAGAUGACCCGAAGGGGAGAAGAGAGAACACGAAGGCGGGGGGAAGUAGAGAGGACACGAAGGGAAGGAGAGGAGAGGACACGAAGGGGAGAGGGAGAAGAGAGGACAUAA